AUGGGCUCGAAGGCCAAGAAGCGCGUGGUGCUGCCCACUCGCCCGGCGCCCCCCACGACGGAGCAGAUCCUGGAGGAUGUGCGGGGGGCGCCCGCCGAGGACCCAGUCUUCACCGCCCUGGCCCCGGAAGACUCCUCCUGGAAGGCUGAGGACCCUGAGGCCCAACGGGAGCAGCUCUACCAGCAGAGCCGGGCCUAUGUGGCCACCAACCAGCGGCUGAGACAGGCCGGUGAUGAGCUGAGACAACGGUGUGAGGACCUUUGGCAAGCGGGCCAGGAGCUGGAGCAGGACGUCGUCCAGGUGAAGCAGGUGGCGCUGUCAGGGGCCUCGACCACCUUCUCAGGCUGA